UACUGUGAGAGCUGUGAUUGGUCACAGCUUGUCACAUGGUACAAGGCUGUUAUGAAUAGCCUUGUACCAUGUGACCUCUGUGAUCAUUCACAGAUUUUGCAAGUAGUAAGCAAUGAUGUCAGGAUUGGCCAAUCAUGCCAUCUACUGGUCAAGUGAUAUUAACACACAAUACUAUAUAGUACAUGCUGUUGUAUUCCCAACAACACAGAGGUCACGUACAGCGAUCUGUGUUCCGCUGUGUCCAAUCACGGGCACCAAUCACGGUACCGCACACUCCUAGGGAGCGAGCACAGGCAAUGGAUGCGGGGGGGCGUGUUUUGAAACAUCCACCCGCAUCGGCAGCGCUGCUGUUCGGCCGUUUAUCAACAUGGGCCAGAUGGUAACAGGUUAA